AUGGCGAAAGAAGCCGUUUGUUGGGUUUACAGGAGUAAAAUAACCGGGGACGAUGAUAUUUGGGACGAAUUCGCGUCGCAGCCCAACAUGGAAAAAUUAAAAUUUAACAUACGACCCGACGGAACGCUAUUGAACAUACCCACGAAAGCAUUGAAACACUUGAACAAUCUUCAAUCCAUCGAAAUCCAAUACGGUUUGAUAACGGAACUUCCGCCCUACGUAUUUUCAAACUUGUCCUCCAUAACGGAAAUAUCGAUACCUCAAAAUCAAAUAUCCAACCUUCAACCGUCUUCCAUAGCGAAUCUUCCGAGCGUGACGAGCGUUAAUUUGGACGGUAACAAAAUCGGAGAAUUGCAACGGGAAUGCAUACGAGACGUACCCAAUUUGAAAAUGCUCUACAUAAAUCGUAACAAUUUGUCUAUAAUACACGACUACGCGUUCGGUCAUUUGCAUCGUUUGGAAGAACUCGAAUUGAACACGAAUCAAAUUUCCGUCGUGACGAAAGAAACAUUUGCCGGUUUGAAAUCUCUCAGGUAUUUGGAUUUGAGAAAGAAUAAAUUGACCAUGAUCGGUGAUCACACGUUCGCCGCGCUCGUCAACCUGUACGAACUCAUACUCGAUCAAAACAACAUAGAGUACAUAUCGGACUACGGAUUUUCCGGUUUGAAAAAAUUAACCAAAUUACGGAUAAGCGAAAACAAAUUGAAAAAUUUAGACGGUGACAUAUUUAAAGAAUCCCCGAACGUUUUCCUACUCGAUUUGCGUAUGAACGGUUUGGAAACGAUAACGUCCAACACGUUGAAACCGAUUUGGGACAAUCUUAAAAAUUACACCGCCCACAUAUGGUUACAAAUUUUCACGUGUUAA